GCGAAAGAGAAAGUGAAAGUCCCACUUCCCACAGCCCGGGGACACUUCACAGCUUGCUGCCCCCCAGCUCGGCUCCAGCCUGGGGUUCCUCGAACGGCCCAGCCAGCCGCGUGCACCCGACCCCCCCACGGACGCCAUGGAGCCCGUCUGCCUGGUAGAGCCGGUGCCCAGCUCUGGUGCCCUGCGGGUGAACCCGGCCGCCCUGGGCCUGCUCCGGGUCCUCGCCCGGCCCCUCCACGUCCUCGCCAUCUUCGGGCCCUGUGGCACUGGGAAAUCCUUCCUCAUGGACCGGCUGGUGGGGCAGGGCGAAGCUUUCCCCCGCUCCCCAGGGAUCUGGGUGUGGUGCCUGCCCCACCCGACUCAGCCCGACCAGGCCCUGGUGCUGCUGGACACGGAAGGAUUCCCCCAGCAAGAGGGCGAUGAGACGAAGCUCUCCCGCCUCUUCCUCCUGAACGUGCUGCUCAGCAGCGUCUUUGUCUAUAACACCAGGAGUGAGGGCGACCCCCAGAGGCAGCUCGACCGCCUGACGUAUGUGAGGGAUCUGCCCCGGGUGGUGCGAGUGCUGGACGAGUCCUGGGAGAACAGCUGCCUCCUGAGCAGCGUGCUGCCCGACUUCGUGUGGUGCCUGCGGGACGUGGCGCCCGACCCCUGCCUGGACGAGGUGCUGGAAGCCAUGGACCACGAGCUGGACUCGGCUCUCAGCUCCCCACAAGAUUUGGAGGACUCCCCGUCCAGCUGCGUACAGAGGUUAUUUCCCUGCCGUAAGCUGUUCCGUUUCUGCUCCCCCCAAGGGGAUGGAGGGCACGGCGAGCAGUUGUCUCCUGCAGGCCAGCUGCACCCCAUGUUCCAGAAGCAGAUGGGGCGUUUUAAGGACUACGCCCUGAGCAGGAGCCCUAAGACUGUGGUGGGGAACAGAGCAGUUGAUGGGGUGUUCCUGGCUGAUUUCCUGGAGCGCAUCGUGAACCUGCUGUCCCGGGAUGAGCCCGUUUUCUUGACUGAGAUCUGCAAUGGCCUGCAGCAGGAAGGCAGCAAUUACUCCAUGGGGUACCCAGUGGACCCCAUGGGGGGCUCCCCACCCAGCAGAGCAGCAGCCAGUGCUGCCCAGCCCUUGGUGCUGGAACCCAAGAGGGAACACAUGGUCCCACUUCAUGCUUCUCGACCCGCCCUGCCGGUCCUGGCCAAGGUUGCCCCCAGCACGGCACAGCCAGGCGCCAUGGAGGAGCCGAUGUGUCUGAUCGAGAACAGCCCGGACGGGGAGCUGCAGCUGAACCAGGCAGCCCUGGCCCUGCUCCAGAGCGUCCGCCAGCCCGUGGUGGUGGUGGCCAUUGCCGGGCUGUACCGCACCGGCAAGUCCUACCUCAUGAACAGACUGGCCAGCAAGGACCAGGGAGGGUUCUCGCUGGGCUCCACCAUCCAGUCGCACACCAAGGGCAUCUGGAUGUGGUGCCUGCCCCACCCCCACCCCCGCCGGGCUGGCCACACCCUGGUGCUGCUGGACACCGAGGGGCUGGGCGACGUGGAGAAGGGCGACACCAAGAACGACACGUGGAUCUUCGCGCUGGCCGUGCUGCUCAGCGGCACCUUGGUCUACAACAGCCUGGGCACCAUCGACCAGCGCGCCCUGGAGCAGCUGCACUACGUGACGGAGCUGACGGAGCGCAUCAAGGUGAAGGCGGCAGGCGAGGGCAGCCGGCAGGAGGGGGAGGAUUCAGCCGAGUUCGUGCGGUUCUUCCCAGCCUUCGUGUGGGCCGUGCGGGAUUUCACGCUGCAGCUGCAGCUGGACGGGCGGGAGAUCACCGAGGACGAGUACCUGGAGAACGCCCUGAAACGCAGACAAGGCCAGCCCGAGAAGCUGGAUCUGCCCAAGAAGUACCUGCGCCAGUACUUCCCUUCCCGCAAGUGCUUCGUGUUCGACCGCCCAGCCCCGCGCCGCGACCUGGCCCGCCUGGACGAGCUCCCCGCGGCAGCACUGAACCCUGACUUCCUGGAGCAGGCGCAGCGCUUCUGCAGCCACAUCCACCAGCACGCGGGCACCAAAACCCUCCCGGGCGGCCACCUGGUGACGGGCACCUUGCUGGGGAACCUGGCGGUGACCUACGUGGACGCCAUCCGCAGCGGGGCAGUGCCCUGCAUGGAGAGCGCGGUGCUGGCCCUGGUGCAGAUCGAGAACUCGGCGGCGGUGGUGGAGGCCGUGGCUGCCUACGAGGAGCAGCUGGGGCUGCGGGUGGUGCUGCCCACGGAGAGUGUGCAGGAGCUGCUGGAGCUGCAUGCCCAGUGCGAGCGGGAGGCGCUGCGGGUGUUCUUGGCACGCGCCUUCAAGGAUGAGCAGCAAUACCAGCGGCAGCUGAAGGACAAGCUGGACUCCAAGCGCGCUGAGCUCUGCCGCCAGAACGAGCAGGCAUCGUCGGACCGGUGCACGGCCGCGCUCUUGGAGCUGUCGCAGGAGCUGGAGGAGCGGGUCUGCGAGGGGAGCUACUCGGUGCCCGGGGGCUACCAGCGCCUCUUGGACGACCAGCGGGAGAUGGUGGAGAAAUACCAGCUGGUGCCAGAGAAAGGGAUCAUGGCGGCCGAGGUGCUGCAGCAGUUUCUGAAGUCCAAGGAGAUGGUGGCCCAGGCCGUUCUGCAGACGGACCAGAGCCUCACGGACAGACAGAGGGAGAUUGAAGUGGAGCGGGCGCGGGCUGAGGCAGCUGAGCGGGAGGCCCAGCUGAGCCAGGAGAUGCAGGCCAGGACAGAGCAGCUGCUGCAGGACCAGAAGCGCAGCCACCAGGAGCAUGUCCAGCAGCUGACGGCCAAGAUGGAGCAGGACAGGAGGCAGCUGCUGGCCGAGCAGGAGAGAGCGCUGGCCCUGAAACUGCAGGAGCAGGAGCGGCUACUGCGCGAGGGGUUCCAGAAGGAGGCAGCACAGUUGCAGCAUCAGAUGCAGAACCUGAGGACGGAGAUGAGCCGGCCCCAGGGCUCCUGCUCCAUCUUAUAGCCAAAUAGUUAAUUUAUCAUCCAUUUAUCAUCUGCUGUUUCAUGUGGAUCCUGUGUAUUUUUAUCAGUGUAGCAUUUUUGGUGGAGAAUGCGUUAGAGGAGCAAGCAUAGUAUCCCCGAUUAUUAUAAAAAACGGGGUGCACCCCGCCAGCUUUAGUGAGCCUGGCACUGUGGGAAAAAGAUGAAAAACUUUCAGUUGAUUAACCACAUCAACCCUGAAGGAAAUAGGGGUUUAGGUUUGGAUAUUAUUACAAUAGUGAAAUUGCUGUUCCAGGAGUUAGGGGGUUAUAGUGAUUGAUAUUUGUCAAUUUGGUUUUGUGUUGUGAUUGGUUGUUGCUCACAAUUGCUGGGAAAAAUGUUUAAGAAAACACAAUCUAAAGAUAUUCUUAGAGAAAAACA